ACAGAAAUAUUAUUUAUCAAAGUAUUAAACUUAAUAACAAUAAUGUCGUUUUGUAUACCUCGAGCAUCUGGACCUUCUGCUGUGGCUUGUGUCGAUAUUUUAGACAAAACUGGUCUUGACAGCACAUUUUUCCGCAUUUUCUAUCCGACUGAAAAAUUUGAACCCGUCAAAAAAAUAUGCCCUCCUUGGAUGAACGAAACCUAUUUGAAUGGAUUUGCCGGACUUCUUGGUGGUGGCUGUGCUUCAAAAAUUAUGAAAUGCUUCCUAAAAUCCAAACUUGUUCCUGUGCGUUGGAAUGGACCACUUGAAAUGCCAAUGAACAUCUCACAAUUGCCAGUAAUUGUUGUAUCUCAUGGACUUGGGCUAUCAAAAAAUGCACAUACUUUUCUUUCGAGUGAAAUUGCAUCUCGUGGAUUUCUUGUUGCGGCAGUCGAUCAUAAAGACAAAUCAGCUUCAGCAUCAGUUUACCUUGAAAAAGAAUCUGAUGGUGGAUAUAAAGAAAAGUCUGUUGAAUUUCAGCACAUUAAGAUGCAAACGCCCGAAGAGCAGGAACUGAGAUAUCAGCAAAUCACUCAGAGAGUUGAUGAUAUCUCGAAACUUAUCAAUUGCGUGGAACAACUAAACAAUGGUACGUUACACAACGUCCUGUCCGAAGAUGUCGAUUUGUCUGUUUUUAAAGAUAAACUUGAUGUGAAGAAAUGUGCAAUCAUUGGUCAUUCUUUUGGAGGUGGAACCACAAUUGCAGCGUUAGAGAAAGAAAGUCGAAUCAAAGUGUCAGUGGCAAUGGAUGCUUGGUUAUAUCCCCUGGAACAAAAGUACUACAAGAUACCUAUAAACAAACCACUGCUUUAUAUCAAUGCAGAUGGUUACAUCGACAAAAAAGAAGUUUUACGAAUGCGAAGACUCGAUGCUGAUGUCACAGGCAUUGAUGCGGAAAGGAAAAUGGUCACGCUUCGUGGAGCGGUUCACAUGACCUACACCGAUAUGGGCUUUUUCCCUCGAAUAUCCUGCAUUGCCAAAAUGAUCGGGAUGAGAGGCCCAACCGACCCUGAAAUCACAAAUGAAAUGAACUUGAAGUUACUUCUUGGUUUCAUCGGGAAACAUUUGGAUCUUCCAUGUGCCAAAGAAGUUGAAACAAUUGUUUCAGAAAAUUCAGAUUUAUGCAUGAUGGGAACAAAUGUUGCAGUUGAAGAUCAAGAAAUCAAAGAAGCGAAGUUUUCAUCCCCUGACAUCGGCUCUGUGGCAGAAAAAGAAGUAAAUGUCAAGUUAUAAGAUGGUGAUUUCAUUAAUCUCAGAAGUUUUUUUCAAUACUCCAAAAUAGUGGUUCCCAACCUUUUUAUGGCUCAUGGCCCCUCUGCGAAGAAUUUUUGCAUUCAUGGGCAUGGCCCCCCUGUUUAUCAUUCUACUGGGAUUUAUAUUGUUAUUUUGAUUUUUGGAUUCCAAUCCCUUUAUGUUCAAACAAUUCAUGCUCAACAAAGUGGAAAGACCCCACGAAAUAACCUUAUCAAGCAAAGCAAUGAAACUGAGAAGAUUGGAGUUUUUUUGUAAAGAGAGAAGUAAAAUCAGUUUUGCACCUAGCAUUGUGGCCCCCUUCUACUGCUCUGUGGCCCCCAGUUGGGAACCACUGUGACUGCUCUUAAACUUAUGUAUGAAUUGGACUUCUUUAAAAUUAGUUAUGACAGAGUAUUUUGUAGGCUAUACGAUGCGAAAUACGGUAUAUUAACCAUAUAUUUAAAAUAAGAGCAGCUGGUUCCACACAGCAGUAUAAACAAUUAUGAAAGGUGGUUGUAGAAGACAGUUUCUUAUAUUAAUUGUAUAUAUCACAAUUUAAAUAUGUGGUUCAAAAAUCGAAAAUCUGACUCUGAUUUAUCAACACCUCAGGGAAAAGCAUAACUACCUAGUUUUACUUAGUACGCACAUGUACAUAUUAAAAUUUGAUUAUUACUUUUCCAUUAUGUACCAGUAAUACCAAAUUUUUACUUUGAAUUUUUCUUCUCUUUUACUUUUCAUUGAAUCUACUUUACUCUGUGAAGAUUGAAGUCUUCAGAAAGGAAUUAACUUAUUGAACUCAGAUAUGUUUUAAUUGUCAAAUUUGACCAAUCCAUGUAUCUGAAAUAACUGAUUAAAUAUUCCCAUACCCCACUUGGACUAGAAAAGAGACAAAAGUCAACCCCACUUGGACUAGAAAAGAGACAAAAGUCAAUGGUUCACCAUAUGAUUAAGUAGACUCAUCAACUUUCCUAUUCUAUGUGGUACACAUUAUGAUUAUUCUGCAAAGCAAGUUAACGAUUUAUUAUUUUUGCUAGGUUCCUAGAUCCUUCAAACUACUUGAUUAACCCCUGAACCCCAUACAGGAUUAAUUUUUACAAAUUAUUAUUUUUUUUUCAUAUUAUUGUGAAAUUUUGUAUUUGAAUUAACCUCAACUUGAUUAUACUUGCCAUUUUACAAACAUGUUUCUUAUUAUGGUUUAUUCUUGCCUACACUGGCCUUUUGAUCUUUGUAACGAAAAUUAAAAAAAAAUCAAGAUGGUGACAUUAUAUAGUACCAGGCAAUGGAGAAAUCUUACCAAUCUUUGUGAAUUUCUCGGUUUUCAGAAUGAUGCUUUGUCGCCUAAAUGCACUUUAACAAUAAAAUAAUAAUUUUUUUUUAACGAUUUUACAUGAAGCAGUAUAUUAUAUGCACUUCAUAUUAUUGAAAACAGUUGUCUUGAAAUACUUGGCUCAUUUGUAUUUUUAUUAUUUUUCCAUCAUCAAUUACAAUGUAAAUAAAAGUAACAAGAACGUUAU